ACAUGACUUGUCCAAGAGAAAAUAAUGAUUUGGAAAAGCCCAUUCUCUACUGGUUAGAUCCAACGAAUAAUCUUGACUUCAAAAGGAAAUUUACUUCCAGACAGGAAAAAGAGUUUAAAACCUUUGACUUGAAAAUGGUCGAAACCAUAGCCGAAGUCAAAGACAAUCAUGCAAAAAUCAUAGCUGUAUGUAGCAGAACGACACAUCGUCUAGAGCAUAUGCUCGACACGUUUUUGAAAAAUGUUCAUGAGGAUGAGUUUGACAGACUUCUUGUAAUCAUUGUUCACAACAGCGAUUUUGGCGAUAUUCCGCAUGUACCGUCAACAAUGAAAAUAAAUCUCCGAAAUCGAUAUAAAGCACUUAAACAUAUUAUUGAUGUGGAUUAUAAAAGUCCAACGCCUAGGAACAGACUUGUUCAUACAUUCACCCAGCAGAAGCGAGCAGAAAUAGUAUUUUGUGAGACGAUAUUUAAGGAAUUCCUUAAGUUAACGGAUAAAAGUGAGACAAGUGAGGAUAUAGACCAUAGUGGUUGUUAAUGUGGAAGAAUAUCAACAAAAACGCAUUCUCAAAAGUGAUUCAAUGGAAUGGAAUUUUGUAUGAACAUACAUGUAUUCCAGACGUUAAAAACACAUUAUGUUCACAUUUUCGCUUUAAUGCGAGCUGAAUUAUUUAUAUAUUUUAAAAGGCCGACUAAUAUUAUGGUCAUUGGCCAAAAUAUGACUUACAUAAUAGAAAUGAUACAAUCUUAAAACUGCCUAAAAUUCAAAACAACUACCCAACUAUUUUUUAUCAAUUGAACAUUGAAGAAUUGAUUUUUUCAUGAGUUGCAAAGGUA